CUUUAUAAAAAGGGGUCAUCAUAGAACUCAUUUAGCAAAACAUACACUGCAUGGUUUAAUUACAACAUUUAAUUAGGACAGAAGCUGUUGGAAGAGAAACUUUAUUACGAGUAUGGGAAAUGUGGGAGAGAUAGAAGAGAUGCAAUGGUUAUCUUCUCCAGAUUCAACAACAGCAACACUGCCAUUGUUGUCUUUGAACCAUGUUUCUUUUGUCUGCAAAUCUGUGAGCAAAUCCGUGAGGUUUUACGAGCAAGUUUUGGGAUUUGUUCUCAUCAAACGCCCUUCUUCUUUCAACUUUGAAGGAGCUUGGUUGUUCAACUACGGGAUCGGCAUCCAUUUGUUAGAAUCCGAGAGCGUUCCAACAAAGAAAGAGAAAAUAAAUCCCAAAGACAACCAUAUAUCGUUUCAAUGCUCCGACAUGGAGCAGGUGAUUCGAAAACUUGAAGCGAUGAAGAUCGAGUACGUGACGGGAGUGGUUGAAGAAGGUGGGAUUCAAGUGGAUCAGUUGUUUUUUCACGAUCCCGAUGGCUACAUGAUUGAGAUUUGCAACUGUCAAAACCUUCCGGUUCUUCCACUUACCUCUUGCACUCUCAAGCUGCCCAGUUCCGCGGUUCCUUCUUUAUACGGGACUAAAUUGAGCCAUUUAAUAAUAGAGGGACUAAUACAACACAAGGACUUUCAAGAGAAACGAAGCAGGGAGACACCUUGCUCUGCGGUGGCGACUGUGAUGAUGGAAAACUUGCUUUUGGAUAUGUUGGACAUAUCCUUUUGAUUGUUUCGAUUUUGGAUUAAAAAAAAAUUUGUUUUAUACAAAUUGUUUGCCAAAUCUGUGAAGAAGAAAAAAGAAGAAGGGGGAGGGGAUAUUUGUAAUGCUAGUGAAAGGUGGUUGUUAGUUUAUUCAAUUCGUGAUUUUUGUGCUUGUAUUUACAUUGAACAGUACUUAUAAAUGCAUGUGAAAUCUUGUCCUUUC